CAAUCUUUGGUAACAGUUCAGGGUCUUCCAUCUAGGGUCAUGGUUCUUGGGUUUUAGCAGGGGCUUCCUGAUGUGAUGUAAUGUCCGGUCAAUGAACCUUCGGCUUCGAGGGCUCACUCAUGUGUUCCGCCUGUAUCGCAGCACAUUACUACAUGUUUUACAGUCUACGAUAUAUUACUCCUCCUGGUCGCUGCAUGCAUUCACUUGGACCUAUGUCAUGCCUUGUGAGGUGAAGCGUAGGUUCGUACUUCUCUACGGAUCUCAGCGUGGACAAGCACAAGCUAUCGCCGAAGAACUUUCUGAUCAGGCAGCAGAGCAUGGAUUAGUAGCUGAUUUGUUUUGUUUGAGUAAGAAGGAGAAGUACAACUUGGAGAAGGAAACUGCUCCAGUGGUUUUCAUUGUUUCUACAACUGGAGAUGGGGAGCCUCCUGACAAUGCCUUGUCCUUUGUGAAAACUAUCAAGAAUAAGAGCCUGCCCCGAGACUACUUUGCUCAUCUUAACUAUGCAGUCUUAGCUUUGGGAGACACAAAUUACGCAAACUUCUGUAACUGUGGGAAGACCAUUGAUGGCCGUCUUCAGGAACUAGGAGCCAAACAUUUCUACUCCACAGGAUAUGCAGAUGAUGGUGUUGGGCUUGAAAUAGUCAUUGAUCCGUGGAUUGAAGGAGUGUGGGAGGCAAUCAAGAAGUCCGUAGCAGAGAUGGCCACCCCAGGGCAACAGGACACUGACUCUGCUAGGAGCUUGCACACCACUGAUCUUACUGCUGCUGCGGGCCAGGAGAACACACGGGCAUCUGGAUUAGAUGUUGGUGUAGCCUCUCUAACACUCAAGGACAAGCCAGCCCAGGCAUCAGAAGUGCCAAAGUCCACUUCUGAGGUGGAGAAGGGAGAGCCUAAACCUGUUGUGCUGGAGGUGUCGUUGACACAGUCUCUGCCGCCACUGUCAGAAUCCGCGCUGAAUGUGCCUUCUCUUCCCCCUCCAUUUCUCAAUGUCUCUCUGGAGGAUGCACCUGCCCAAGAGUUGUCUGGCCCAGUGCGUCUGGACCACCAUCAAGAAGUGUCCAUUUCAAAGACAGUACAGCUUACUCGGGACGAUGCAGUCAAAACAGCCAUCAUGUUAGAGCUGGACAUUUCAGGGAAGGACAUGCCUUAUCAGCCAGGAGACUCUUUUGACGUCUUGUGUCCGAAUGAUGCCAGUGAGGUACUAAAGCUUAUCCAGACACUGAGGCUGGAGCAGCAAAGCCAUCACCGCGUUCAGCUGGAGCUCAGGAAAGACACCAAGAAGAAAGCUGCCCAGCUUCCCCCAUACGUUCCAGUGGGCUGCACCCUGCUGUAUCUGCUCACCUGGUGUUUGGAGAUCAGAAGUGUUCCGAAGAAGGCCUUCCUGAGGGCGCUAGUGGAGUGCACCAGCGCAGCCCCUGAGAAGAGACGCCUGCAGGAGCUGUGCAGCAAGCAAGGCACGGCCGACUACAACCGCUUCAUCAGGGACACCAGCGUCUGUCUGCUGGACCUCCUGCUAGCCUUCCCAUCAUGUCAUCCGCCUCUGAGCCUACUCAUAGAACACUUGCCGAAGCUGCAGCCAAGGUCCUACUCAGCAGCGAGCUCCAGCCAGAGGCAUCCAGGCAAGCUGCACUUUGUGUUCAACAUAGUACAGUUUCCAGCAUGCCCUGAGAGACUGGUGGCCAGGAGAGGUGUGUGCACGGGCUGGCUGUCCAGCCUGGUCUCCCCCAUCCUCCAGUCCGACAGCGCCAUGCAGGGCCCAGUAGAAACCACCGUUAGUGCCUCACUGCCUAUGAUACACGUGGGUCUGCGUCCAGGUAACGCUUUCCGCCUGCCCUCUGACCUCUCCGUUCCCAUGGUAAUGGUGGGUCCUGGCACAGGGGUGGCUCCCUUCAUCGGCUUCCUCCAGCAAAGGGAGAAGGAGAGGGUGAAUCAUCCAGACGGUUGUUUUGGGGAAACAUGGCUGUUCUUUGGCUGCCGCCACAAAGAUCGAGACUUUCUCUUCAGAGAGGAGCUGGAGCGGUUUGUGGACAACGGCACCCUGACCUGCCUGAAAGUCAGCUUCUCCAGAGACGCCUCCGAGGGGGCCCAGUCCCAGUCCAGCCCCAGAUAUGUCCAGCACAACCUGCUCCUUCAUGCCAAAGAGGUUGCCAACAUCCUUCUCAAAGAGAAGGGCUACUUCUAUGUCUGCGGGGAUGCUAAAAACAUGGCCAAAGAUGUUAAUGAUGUCCUGGUAGACAUUAUUGUGGCCGAGAUGGAGGUGGACAAACUGGAGGCUAUGAAGACUAUAGCCAAUCUGAGGGAGGAGAAACGUUACCUGCAGGACAUAUGGAGCUGAGCCGCGUCCAGAGACAUCUCCCCAGAGUGCUGACCUAAGACUGCCUGCAUGGAUGACCAGUUUUAAAGGGCCGAGAUGUCAGUCACUGUCUCCCUCACCUCCUGCCUUUCAAAGACUGCACAUACUGUAUGACUUAGACAGAUGCAUCAGUUGAGUGGUUUGAAAUAAUGAUCUCCAGCAAACUGGACUUGAAACUUGAAGAAUUUUACUCAAGAAUUUGUUUGUGCCAGAAGUCAUGUGCAUGUGCAUAUCGUGCGCACACACACACACACACACACACACAGACACAAACACACACUCACACACACUAAGGUGCCACAUACACACACAACAAACUUGUGCCUUGCAUCCAUAAACUGUAAUGUAUGACACAGAAUUCAUGGUGAGAAGACUGUUCUCCAGGCCAGAGGCUUCAGUAUGCAAGCGAAAAGGACAUUGAUAUUGGUUAGUAGGCUACAGUUGAUAGCAGUAAUGUCACUGCCACACAUGCAAUAUAUAAUGUCCUUACCAGUAUAAACUGAACUUUGGCAGGCCAUCACAGUUUAGUGAAUUAUUUGCAGAAUCUCUGUACAAUAAACGCCCUAAAAUCUCAAAUAAAUUGUACCUUUCAAAAGGCAGUCUGUGAAAGA